AUGGCUUUUUCCUCUGCUUCAUCAAAGGCCAGAUCGAAGGCCUCUGUUAACAAGCUCUUCGAGAGCAUGCUUCCAGGCACCUCCUUGCUACCUUCCUCCUCAGGAAAAAGCUCUGCUACGGAAAAAUUUGCUGCUCAAGUUAACAAGAAGAAGCUCACCAAGCACGAGAUUCAGAAGGCCCACAAGGUGGAAAAAGCCAAGAAAAACAAGCUCAUCAACCAGAAACUAGAGAAGGAGAAGAAGUUCAAGAAAUUGGUGAAGUUCAACGUCAUCAAGGCUCACAAAGAAGAAAAAGACCUCACGCCGGAGGAACAAAAAUACUUGAAGAAACUAAUAAAAAAGAACGCCAAUGCGGUGGUCAGAGCGAGCGAGGUGGAUGACCCUUUUGUGAAGGAUGAAAUCGAUGCCUUGAGAUCCGAAAUUCUUGCCUUGACCAACGAAAAGUAUGAUAAAUCACGUGAUAGGAAGCUUGAUGCCAAGUUACAGUCCUUCAACGACAAGAUCAAGAAGGGUGUUUUGGCGUAUCCAGGUUUGACUCCAGGCUUGGCCCCUGUGGGUUACGACGAUGAGUCGGACGAAGAGUGA